GGGGCUGUCUCUGCGGCAGGGCCCAGCUCUGCUCCCCCCCGGUCUCUCUGUCUCUCCUCCUCCCUCCUCCUGCUCCGGGCGGAGCCCGGCAUGGGGGGGCCGGCGCCCGGCAGGCCAGUGGAUCCGGGACCCAGGGAGGGCCGCCCCCCGGGCCUGGUGGCACUGAGCAGGGCCCCCCAGCCCCCACCUCCUGCCCCACGACAUGAACCUCCUCUACCGAAAAACCAAGCUGGAGUGGAGGCAGCACAAGGAAGAGGAGGCCAAGAGGAGCUCCAGUAAAGAGGUGGCCCCUGCAGGCCCUGCGGGGCCCGGGGCUGGCCCAGGGCCUGCGGUCCGUGUGAGGGACAUCACCUCGCUGCGCCGCUCCCUCAGGAUGGGCUUCAUGACGAUGCCUGCCUCUCAGGAGCACACCCCUCACCCUUGCCGCAGCGCCAUGGCCCCACGCUCCCUCUCCUGCCACUCUGUGGGCAGCAUGGACAGUGUGGGUGGUGGGCCCGGGGGUAGCGGUGGGGGUCUCACAGAGGACAGCAGCACCCGAAGACCCCCAGCCAAACCACGGAGACACCCCAGCACCAAGCUCAGCAUGGCAGGAUCAGGGGCAGAGACACCCCCCAGCAAGAAAGCAGGCUCACAGAAACCCACCCCAGAGGGCCGAGAGUCCAGCCGGAAGGUCCCUCCGCAGAAGCCCAGGCGAAGCCCCAACACCCAACUGUCUGUCUCCUUUGAAGAGUCCUGCCCCUCGGCACCCUCUCCUCGAGGAGGGAACCUGCCCCUGCAGCGCCUGAGUAGGCCUUCCAGAGUAGCUGGAGACCUUGAUGCAGGCGCCCAGGAGGAAGAGCCCGUAUACAUCGAGAUGGUGGGGGACGUCUUCAGGGGAGGAGGCCGAAGUGGAGGGGGAUUGAUAGGGCCCCCCCUUGGGAGUGGGGGCCCGACCCCCCCAGCUGGUGCGGACUCAGACUCCGAGGAGAGUGAGGCCAUCUAUGAGGAAAUGAAGUAUCCGUUGCCCGAAGAGGCAGGAGAAGGCCGCACCAAUGGGGCCACCCCACUGACCUCGACCUCCCCUCCACACCAGCCUCACGCCCUUCAGCCCCACCCCCAGCGCCGCCCAGCUUCAGCCCUCCCGAGCCGGAGGGAUGGGACACCCACCAAGACUACUCCUUGUGAAAUCCCCCCGCCCUUCCCUAACCUCCUCCAGCACCGCCCUCCACUCCUGGCCUUCCCCCAAGCCAAGUCCGCUUCCCGAACCCCCGGCGACGGGGUCUCGAGGCUACCGGUCCUCUGCCACUCCAAGGAGCCCACAGGUUCCACCCCAGCUCCCCAAGUGCCUGCAAGAGAGCGGGAGACGCCACCCCCGCCGCCUCCGCCUCCUGCCGCCAACCUGCUGCUGCUGGGACCAUCGGGCAGAGCCCGGAGCCACUCAACACCAUUGCCACCCCAGGGCUCUGGCCAGCCCCGGGGGGAACGGGAGCUUCCCAACUCCCACAGCAUGAUCUGCCCCAAGGUGGUGGGGGCGCCGGCAGCCCCCUCUGCCCCAGCUGCCUUGCUCCCCGGUCCCCCCAAGGACAAGGCCGUGUCUUACACCAUGGUGUACUCAGCAGUCAAGGUGACCACGCACUCUGUCCUUCCAGCUGGCCCACCCCUAGGUGUUGGGGAGCCGAAGACAGAGAAGGAGAUCUCAGUUCUCCAUGGCAUGCUAUGCGCCAGCUCGAGGCCCCCUGUGCCAGGGAAGGCCAGCCCCCAUAGCGGGGCUAUGGGCACAGCAGCUGGGGUUCUGCACCACCGUGGCUGCCUGGCCUCCCCUCACAGCCUUCCGGACCCAACUGCAGGCCCCUUGGCCCCCCUCUGGACCUACCCAGCCACAGCAGCUGGACUCAAGAGACCCCCUGCCUAUGAGAGCCUCAAGGCUGGGGGGGUGCUGAAUAAGGGCUGUGGAGUGGGGGCCCCAUCCCCCAUGGUCAAGAUCCAGCUACAGGAGCAAGGGACUGACGGGGGUGCUUUUGCCAGCAUCUCCUGUGCCCAUGUCAUCGCCAGUGCCGGGACGCCAGAAGAGGAAGAGGAAGACAUAGGUGCGACAACAUUUGGGGCCGGCUGGGCUCUGCAGAGGAAGGUCCUCUAUGGAGGGAGAAAGGCAAAGGAGCUGGACAAGGUCGAGGACGGUGCCCGGGCUUGGAAUGGCAGUUCCGAGGGUCCAGGCAAGGUGGAGCGUGAGGACAGGGGCCUGAUGGCAUCGGGGAUCCCAGUGCGGAGCCAGGGGGCAGAGGGCCUGCUGGCCAGGAUCCACCAUGAUCGAGGGAGCCGCACCGCGCUGCCCAUACCCUGCCAGACCUUCCCUGCCUGCCAUCGCAAUGGAGACUUCACAGGAGGCUACCGUCUGGGGCGCUCAGCCUCUACCUCAGGAGUCCGCCAGGCUGCGCUGCACACGCCCCGGCCCUGCAGCCAGCCUAGGGAUGCCCUGAGCCAGACCCACCCUGCGCUGCCGCUGCCGCUGCCCUUGCCGCCUCCGCCAGCCCGCGAGCGCGAUGGGAAGCUGCUAGAGGUGAUCGAGCGUAAGCGCUGUGUGUGCAAGGAGAUCAAGGCGCGCCACCGCCCGGACCGCGGCCUCUGCAAGCAGGAGAGCAUGCCCAUCCUCCCCAGCUGGCGGCGGGGCCCCGAGCCCCGCAAGUCUGGCACCCCACCCUGCCGCCGGCAGCACACGGUCCUGUGGGACACGGCCAUCUGAGGGGGCGGGCCGGCCCGGGUACCUGGACUGGGAGGGGACGGGCCGGCCUGGCUGGCCCGACAGACUGAAGGACUAGGUGAGAGAGCCAGGGAAAGCCCGGCCCUCCACCCUUGUAGACCCCCUCCCCGCCCCCCGGGGCCAGGGAGCCUGCCAGGUCCAUCCGGGCUUGGGGUGCCAUAGCACCCCAAGAUAUUUGAGGAGGAGGGAGAUGGGGUUUGCUUGUUGGGGGUCCAAUCAUGAUAAAUCCCUCCUCCUGAGAGGACAAAGGGCAGGGCAGAGGUGGCAGUGGGCAGGGGAAAGAGGGAAGGGUCAGAUGGGUGGGUCAGGUGGAAGAGGGACUAGAGCCAGUGGGAAAGUAGCUCUUCGACUGAGAGCCGGGAUUCGGGGAGGGGUAUUUAUUUUGUUAUUUAUUUUAGUUUGGAGGGCAGUUCUGGGCCCUUCUGACCCACUCCUGAGUGGGGAGUGGAGAUCAAGGCCAAGCUUGCCCUCUCCCCUUUGCCGAUGCCAGAGGGCCCGCCAUCCACGCCUGCCCCACAGCGAGGGAGAUGUUCAUCCGGGGAGCAGAGGGAGCCGGGAGGGGCUCGGGCCACCCAGGGCCACCAACUCUUUACAGUACAGUAUUUACAAUUUUGCCAGAAUUUGGUAGUGAGUGAGGCCUGCUCUGAAACAGGCAUCUUCUUUAGUUCUAGGGUCAGGGUCUAGCGCCAGGGAUGGGCGGGAUGUGGGGAUGGAGGGAAAUUCUAGUGGGUGGGGGGAUAGGCAGGGUAUUUAUUUAAAUUAAAAAAAAAAAAAAACAGAAGAGCUGUCAGGAACUUUUUUUUAAUUCCUUUCUUUUCAGAAUAAUAUAUUAAAAAACUAAUGAUCCUA